UAUCUCCAACUCCGAGCAGCAGUCAGUCAGCAGUGAGCUCGGCCGCCGCAUGGCUACUGUGUAAACUUUACUCAACAACAAGUGGAGACCGUAGGAUAACGAAGAGGUGCACACGCUCGGAGAACUUGAGGGACGUACUAGGAACGUCUAUGAAUCGGGAACCUGCGCUCCACUAAUCAAAGUGUUGCUUCCCACUCGUGCAUGUUUAAACCAGUGGAGAGCUCUGGUGCCGUGUGUCGGCCAGACGACUAGUACAAACGAGUGGCAACAGCAGUCCGGAGGCAUGAUUUUGAGACGGGGCUCAGUCGUUGUUGCCUUUUUACUCUGCUUUCUCGCUAAGGUGUCAGAGGGAUCCGGACAAUUCGAGUUACAAAUCGUAUCGAUGCGCAAUGUGAACGGAGAGCUGCUGAACGGCGUGUGCUGCGACGACGGCCGGAGGAGCGGCACGGAUAGAGAGUGCACACGGGAUGAGUGCGAUACGUUUUUUAAAGUUUGCCUAAAGGAAUAUCAGUCGAGAGUUUCUGCUGCAGGGCCCUGCAGCUUCGGAAUGGGAUCUACGCCUGUCCUCGGAGGGAAUACCUUUUCUUUGAAGAGCUCUGUGAGGAAUGACAAAUCCAGGAUAGUUUUGCCCUUCAGUUUUGCCUGGCCGAGGUCCUACACUCUGAUAGUGGAAGCCUUGGACUACAACAAUGAAAACGGUGGUGCUGAUGGGAGGUUGAUAGAGAAGGCCUCUCAUUCUGGUAUGAUCAACCCUAGCCCGCAGUGGCAGAAGCUGACGCACAACGGCCCUGUAGCUCAGUUUGAAUACCAGAUCCGGGUCAGCUGUGACGAGCACUACUACGGUUUCGGCUGCAACAAGUUUUGUCGACCGAGGGAUGAUUUCUUCGGGCAUUAUACUUGCGACAACAAUGGAAACAAAACCUGCCUGGAAGGCUGGUCUGGACCUGACUGCAACACAGCUAUAUGUCGACAGGGCUGCAGCACUGAACACGGAUCAUGUAAGGAGCCCAGCUUUGGGUGUAAGUGUCUGUAUGGCUGGCAGGGUCAGUACUGCGACAAAUGCGUUCCCCACCCUGGCUGUGUUCACGGCACCUGUAAAGAGCCAUGGCAGUGCCUGUGCGACAUCAACUGGGGCGGUCACCUUUGUGAUAAAGAUCUGAACUACUGCGGCACUCACCAGCCAUGCCUGAAUAGAGGGACAUGUAUCAACACUGGACCUGAUAAGUAUCAGUGUACCUGUGCAGAGGGUUACUCUGGACCUAACUGUGAGAGAGCCGAACAUGCUUGCCUCUCCAAUCCAUGUUCGAAUGGAGGCAGCUGCUCAGAAACCAAUCAAGGCUAUGAAUGCCAGUGUGCACCAGGCUGGACUGGCCCCUCCUGCUCUAUCAAUGUUGAUGACUGCAUUCCAAAUCCCUGCAAUCAUGGAGGUACCUGCCUCGAUCUGGUUAACAGCUAUAAGUGUCACUGUCCUUCGCAGUGGACGGGAAAGACAUGUCUAAUAGAUGCCAACGAAUGCGAUAGCAAGCCCUGCGUCAAUGACAACUGCCGCAACCUGAUUGGUGGAUACUUCUGCGAGUGCCUCCCCGGUUGGACGGGGCAGAACUGCGACAACAAUAUAAACGAUUGCAAGGACCAGUGCCAGAAUGGGGGAACUUGUAAGGACUUGGUAAAUGGCUAUCGUUGCAUGUGCCCCCCUGGCUUCGCUGGCGAGCACUGCGAGAGGGACAUCGACGAGUGCGCGAGCUCGCCUUGUCUGAACGGCGGCCGCUGUCAAGACGAAGUGAACGGAUUUCAGUGCCUGUGUCUGGCUGGCUUCUCAGGAAAUCUCUGCCAGCUGGAUAUUGAUUACUGCUCGCCCAACCCAUGUCAGAAUGGAGCAGGCUGCUUCAACCUGGCCACAGACUAUUACUGCGCCUGCCCAGAAGACUAUGAGGGCAAAAACUGCUCUCACCUCAAGGACCACUGUCGCACCACCACAUGCAAAGUGAUUGACAGCUGCACAGUUGCCGUGGCAUCCAACAGCACACCGGGAGGAGGAGCGUUACAUUUUCAUCAAAUGUUUUCAAGACCUCACGGCCGCUGUCGGAGUCAGGCUGGGGCCCAGUUCAGAUGCGAGUGCCAGGAGGGUUUCAGAGGCACCUACUGCCAUUAGGACAUCAAUGACUGUGAGAGUAACCCGUGCCGCAAUGGAGGCACUUGUAUCGACAAAGUCAGCGUGUAUCAGUGUAUCUGUGGCGACGGCUGGGAAGGCGACCACUGUGAGAUCAACAUAGAUGACUGCAGCACCAACCCCUGUCAUAAUGGAGGGACAUGUCGAGACCUGGUGACUGACUUCUUCUGUGAAUAAAAUGGCUGGAAGGGAAAGACAUGCCACUCCCGCGAAAGUCAGUGCGAUGAAGCCACAUGUAACAACGGAGGCACUGCUACGACUGAGGGCGACACAUUCCAGUGCAAGUGUCCCCGGGAUGGGAUGGGAACAACAUGUAACAUAGGUGAGUCAUCCAUUUGCCAAAAACUCAGUUGCCUUCCAAACCCAUGUGAGAAUGGAGGUACCUGUGUGGUGACUGGGGAUUCGUUCACCUGUGUCUGCAAAGAAGGCUGGGAGGGUCCCACGUGCACCCAAAAUACCAACGACUGCAGUCCCCAACCCAGCUACAACAGUGGAACUUGUGUCGAUGGGGAUAACUGGUACCGCUGCGAGUGUGCCCCAGGAUUUGCUGGGCCAGACUGUCGGAUCAAUAUUAAUGAGUGCCAGUCCUCUCCGUGUGCCUUGGGCUCCACCUGUGUGGAUGAGAUCAAUGGAUAUCGCUGUCUGUGCCCACCAGACAGGACUGGAUCCCACUGUCAAGAAGUUACAAGAAACCCUUGCUCUGUUAACGGACACAACCCUGAUGGAAUGAAAUGGGAUGAAGACUGCAACUCUUGCCACUGUUCCAAUGGGAUUGUGUGCACAAAGAUGUGGUGUGGCCCUAUGUCAUGCAAACUGGGUGCCAAAGGCCGAGGCGAGUGCCCUUGACAGAGCUGCAUCCCCCUCAGGGAGGGCCACUGCUUUGUGAAGCCUUGCAUCGAGCUGGGAGAGUGCUGGCGCUCCAACCCUCCCCAGCCCCCCACCAAAUGCCACCCCAGCUCCAGUUACCAGGACAACAGCUGCGCCAACAUCACCUUCACCUUCAACAAGGAGAUCAUGCCUCGAGUCCAGGGUUUGACUGUGGAAGGAGUAUGUAAGCAGCUGAGGAACUUACACGUGGUGAAGAAUUUCUCCUUGGAGCAUUCUGUAUCCAUAACCUGUGACCCCUCAUUCUCAGCCAGCAACGAGAUCCACGUCUGCAUCUCUACUGACGACCAUCGCUUGGACGGGAGCCCUGUUAAAGAGAUCACAGAAAGGAUAAUUGACUUGGUUAGCAAGCAUAAUGGGAACAACACGAUCAUCUCCGCCAUUGUAGAAGUGCGUGUGCCAAGCCCCAGCAAAACUGACUACCUAGUGCCCCUUCUCAGCUCCGUUUUCAUUGUCAUCUGGGCCCUCGUGCUGGUCUCCAUUUUGCUGUGGUGCAUGCGCCGGCGGCGGAAACAGAGCAACCACAACAGUACAUCAGCGACCGGCUCAGAGGACAACACCACCAACAAUGUAAGGGAGCAGCUGAACCAGAUCAAGAAUCCUAUAGAGAAGCACGUGGGCCUCACAGUGGCCAUCAAAGACUAUGAAAAUAAGAACUCCAUCAUUGCCAAAAUAAGGACAAAUCAUCCCGAGGGGGAUGAGGAUGACAAGGAGAGGCACCUACAGAAAGGCCGCUUUGCCAAACAGCCAGCAUACACACUGGUGGAGAGGGACGAAAAGGCGCCCAUCUCCAAUCCUAACUCAACAUCCAAGCAUGCUAAUUGGACUAAACAGGACAACAGAGACUUGGAGACAGCAAACAGCAUAAACAGGAUGGACUACAUUGUAUAGCAGACAGCUGUGUUGCUGUGCAACCUAGCCUUACACCGUCACACCCAGGUGGUGGGUGAAACAGGGGAGCUUUGGCAUGUGUAGUUAGUAAACAGUCAUGUCAGUUGUGACACCCCCCCCCCGCCCCCCCC